AUUUCAUAGGUAAAUAAAUAAAAACGUCUCCCACAACCAAAUCGUACUUCAAUAUAAUUAAAGCACAUUCGCCGCCCACCGAAAGUAAAAAUAUAAACAAAUAUGAAUAAUAACUCGAAUGUUUUGACCAUUGGAACUGACAGCACUGAAGUUUUAAAAGAACCAGCGAAUCCCAAAAGUCCUAAAGAGUUGUCUGUGGAUUUAGAAAAGCACUUGCAGAAAAUUCUACUAAAUGGCGCUAAACCAUUGACAAAUGUUUAUGAAGAUGGAUCAGUAGGAACAUUUUCGGCGAAGGAAACUAAGAAAAACGGAUACUACUACGAGUUUGGUCCGGGUGAUAAGAUAAAUGGUUGGAUGUGCAGUGGUCGCACUUUUGAUGCCAAGGAUAUUCUUCGCCGUCUAAAGAAUGUAAUCAGCAAGGAGCACUGGAUAUCAGAUAAUGUUGCUAAGUAUCCAAAGGACACAAGAGACUUUGUAAUCCGAACUACAUUCAACGCUUUGGACGAGGAAACCUCAGAUAUUUACUCGUAUUUGUGUUAUCUAAAUGAAAAUUCCAAGAGGAGGUGAACUUAAUAACAUACAUAUAUCAU